GACGAGUACUCACCAACACUUCUCGUCGAAAGCCAUGCAUUUCCUCCUCCUCGGCGCUAGCGGACGGACCGGCCAGCACGUCGUGACCGAAUUACUCUCCAAGGGUCACACAGCGGCAGCACUCGUGCGUACCACUGGUAGCCUCAUCCCUCGCCCUGGUCUCACCAUCGUCAUUGGCUCGCCGCUAUCGAAAUCCGACAUAAGCAGCGCUCUCCUCGCAGCGCUUCCACUAUCACCUUCUGCAACGAUCAUCACGCUGAACACAGUCCGCAAGUCCGACAGCCCUUUCGCGGCUCGGGUCUCACCUCCCCGCUUCCUGGCCGACUCGUGCGCCAAUAUUUGCGAGGUUCUGGAGCAUGCCGGCUUCAAUCGCGUUGUAGUGAUGUCGACGGCAGGUGUCGGGGAUUCAUGGAGUAACCUACCGUGGUUGAGCAAAGUAUUCUUGAGCUGUACCAACGUCAAGUACGCGCUCGAGGAUCACGGCCUGGUAGACAAGGACAUUCGGCUAACGAAGCUGGAUUGGACUCUUGGGAGGGCUGUGAGGCUGCGAUUCGACGAUCAGAAGCCCACCGAUACGAAAACGGACGUGAGAACGCUGGGCAGUAAGGGUGAUGGAAUGAGCAUGACUGACAGCGUGAGUGUUGCUAGUGUGGCCAGAUUCCUAGUCCAGGUUGCAGUCGAAGGACUCUUCGUCCAAAGCGCAGUGGUUGUCGCCGGUUAAGGCGGCUAAGGAGUUCGUGGACUUUGUCGAUAUUGAUCAAUCAUUGAGGACUUCCUGAACAACUUUAUUUAGACUAUACUGUGUAUCGGUGAGUGAUUGAAUCGGUUCUAGAUUAACUUUCAUGACUCUAGAGUGUGAUCUUCGUAGCGGAAUUUUAACAUGAGACGGGGAUAUAAGUACGGAC